AUGGACAAAAUUGUAGAUUCUAUGGAGAAUGCAUACGAAGAGUUUGUUAAUGCAACCUCAAGCUUUCUUGAGGCUACUCAAACUUCUGGUGGUCAAAAGGGCGAAGUUGGUGAUGUUGCUAUCCAAAACUUUAAUCAACGAUAUGAAUUGUUCAAAGCUGCAUGUGAUCAAGCUGAAGAAUUUGUGGCUUAUAUGAAACAAAGCAUUACAAACAAGUGUGUUGUGAACGAGACUACAUAUGAAAGAACAAAAGAAGAGUUUCUUGUAGAUGACGUCGAAUUUGAAAAAGAUGACGUGGCACUCGAUUCUCCGAUUGAAUAUCCAGCAACAAUGCCUAUGACUCCUGAAUUUUCUCCGGAUCAUGUAACAUUCGAGGAAGUUAAAGUCGAGGAGGACGAUGAGUUGGAUAAGAAAUAA